AGGCCUCAUCCACCAAUGGCUGUGCGGUCCGGGAGGGCAAGGGGCGGGGCGAGUCUCGAGCGGGCCCCUUAAGUAGCGGCUGCGUGGGUGCCCUGGUAGAUUAGACAUGUCGGGACUGCUUCGGGGAACCAUGUCCAAGACGGAAACAGACGCCAACGCCUCCCCCUCCGGCGCUGCCACCCGGCGAGGCUCAUCCCGGGCACUCGACCGGAGGCUGUCGGAGGAGCCGAGUCGAAGAGGUCGCGGGGGCCGGCGGGGCGGCAGAAGUGGCGGCUGGAGAGACCCCUCGGGCCCCCAGCAGCCUGUGACCGAUGACCCCCAGGAACCGCCGCUCUGCUUUGAAGUGAAGAACGACUGUGUGGGCGCAGUGAUCGGUCGUGGAGGGUCAAAAAUAAGAGAUAUCCAGAGUACAACAAACACCAAAGUACAGAUAAUAAAAGGAUACCCUACAGCUGAAGUCAAAAUUUUUGGUAGCAAGGCUAUGCAAACAAAAGCAAAAGCGAUAAUCGAUCAUCUUGUUAGAAAACAAGAAAGUUACGAUUCGGAAUCCAAAGUUGUUGGAAAAGAUGGAAGAACAGACGAUGGUGUCACGGAAGAUCAGCCGUUGAUUGAUUGGGAUCAAAUUCGAGAAGAUGCUUUGAAAUGGGAGAAAAAAAAGUGGGCAGACUUACCUCCAAUUAAGAAAAACUUUUACACAGAGUCAGAAACCACAAGUUCAAUGUCAGAAGUGCAGAUAGACAACUGGAGGAAGGAAAACUAUAAUAUAAUGUGUGAUGACUUGAAAGAUGGUGAGAAACGUCCUAUCCCCAACCCUACCUGUAAAUUUGAGGAUGCCUUUCAAUGUUAUCCUGAAGUUAUGGAAAACAUUAAAAAGGCAGGUUUUCAAAAACCAACCCCAAUCCAGUCCCAGGCUUGGCCAAUAGUUCUGCAAGGAAUAGAUCUUAUAGGAGUAGCACAAACUGGAACAGGGAAGACAUUGUCUUACUUAAUGCCUGGACUUAUUCACUUGGACUCUCAGCCCAUAACUAAAGAGAAAAGGAAUGGGCCUGGUAUGUUAGUCCUUACGCCCACACGAGAAUUAGCCCUUCAGGUAGAAGCGGAAUGUUCUAAGUAUACGUAUAAAGGUCUUAAAAGUGUUUGUAUAUAUGGUGGUGGAGAUAGAGACGGACAAAUACAAGAUCUGUCAAAAGGUGUAGAUAUCAUUAUUGCAACUCCUGGAAGACUGAAUGAUCUGCAAAUGAACAACUUUGUCAACCUGAAAAGUGUAACCUACUUGGUGUUAGAUGAAGCUGACAAGAUGUUGGAUAUGGGAUUUGAACCUCAGAUAAUGAAGAUUUUAUUAGAUGUGCGGCCAGACAGGCAGACUAUUAUGACCAGUGCAACGUGGCCAUAUGCUGUUCGUCGACUUGCACAGUCUUACUUGAAGGAACCAAUGAUUGUUUAUGUUGGUACUUUGGAUCUAGUCGCUGUAAGUACUGUGGAACAGAACGUAAUAGUCACCACAGAAGAAGAGAAGCGAUCUCAUAUCCAAACUUUCUUAGAGAGCAUGUCUCCUAAAGACAAGGUCAUAGUGUUUGUGAGCAGGAAAGCUGUUGCUGAUCACUUAUCAAGUGACUUGGUUCUCCGACAAAUCUCAGUAGAGUCUCUGCAUGGCAACAGAGAGCAGAGUGACCGAGAGAAAGCACUAGAAAACUUCAAAACAGGGAAAGUGAGAAUACUGAUAGCUACUGACUUGGCAUCCCGCGGGCUGGAUGUCCACGAUGUCACGCAUGUCUACAAUUACGAUUUUCCACGCAACAUCGAGGAAUAUGUCCACAGAGUAGGACGCACCGGCAGGGCAGGGAGGACUGGAGUAUCGAUCACCCUGAUCACGAGGAACGAUUGGCGGGUUGCCAAUGAAUUAAUUAAUAUUUUGGAAAGAGCAAAUCAGAGUAUCCCAGAGGAUCUUGUAUCUAUGGCUGAGAGAUACAAUGCAAAUAAAAUGAAAAAAGAAACAGAAAAAAAAUUGGGAAAACCCCAAGGAAAAGCCAAGAAGUUUUAUUACUAAUGUCUAUACUGGAAAGUGGUGUCAGGCCACUUAUACAAGGAUUCAAGUUGUUUUUUUUCAGCAAAUAUGCCGUUUAAGAAAUAUGUGACUGCUGGAAACUGUGCUGGCAGUAUGAAGAGACAACUGAUUCUUUAAACAAUAGUGUUUCAGAUGUAUAAUUCAAUAUUUUAUACUUUAGUAGAAUCAAAAGUAUUAAAAAGUUGAGAAUUUUUAAUGGAUAUUAAGGAAUGUAGCAUUAAGACUUUUCACUUUUUACUAUAUUUUUAUUUAAAAAUAAAAAAUAAAUAAG